UGUCACAGACGCGAGCGGCCAGUAAAACGGCGCUUCGUAUCGCGCAUGCGCGAACCCGCGGAGCGAGCGUACAUACUCCACGCGCGAACAAGGGGACUCCACUCUCCUCCGAGAAGAGAUCCCAGGCAGAAGGUAGCAAAAACCAGGAGUAUCUCGAGAGUCUUCGUAGUCUCGCGCGCGAGCUUAUAUUUCGCCGUCAAAGUGUCGGUUAAGUAGUUUGUAAAUUCUUGUACUAUCAAUUUAUUUUGUUAAAUAUAUACAACGUUGACUAGUGCUACGAAUCUAAUUAGUUUCUCUCAGUCGAAACCGCCCAACCUGCUAUCCUGAGCGAUUUUCCUCGGCACUAUCCUUUCAAUCUUCUGUUUUCUGUUCAAAUAGUUUUAUAUAUCCAUCCGUAUCUAUCACAUUAUUUCUUCUUUUUUUUAAGGCAAGUUUCAGCAUUAUCUAAUAAGUUAUACACACGCGCGCAUGUACUAUUAUUGUUAUAUAAGAUAACGUGAUGAACAUAUAUUCUUAUGCGACUGACUGAAUUGACCAAUCGCAGUCGAUUAUUCUUACGACUACGACUUUACGACUUCUAUGUAGACGAGGCUUUAUACUGUACUAUAACCAAUCAGAGCAGAGUUUACUAAUGUCACGUUUAGUGAAUUAUUAGUAAACGGUUAUCAGCAGAAUCAGGAAAAUAACUAGAUAAACAAACUGCCUCUUUUAGGUUCGAGCAACUCCGUUUUGUAUAAUGUGUAAAUAAUACCAUAUUUUAAUUAACGCCCAGUCUUACGUAAGUUCUCCCACAUUUUACGAUGCUAGAAUUACUCUUGAGACGGGCGAUAUUGCCGUCUAGCAUUCGCAAUUCCGUUCGAAGCUACGCGACGAACAAGUCCGACAAUUUCGUGAAGAUCGUCGAGGUCGGGCCACGAGACGGUCUGCAGAAUGAAAAAAAGGUGGUGCCCACCGAGGUCAAAAUUGCCUUUAUCAACAUGCUAUCCUCGACCGGCUUGAAGAGCAUCGAGGUCACGAGUUUCGUGUCGCCGAAGUGGGUGCCUCAGAUGGCGGACAACUCGCGGGUCUUCCAAGGAAUCGAGAAGAGAGACGGCGUAUCCUAUCCAGCGCUGGUGCCGAAUCUGAAAGGCCUGGAAAACGCGGUCACCGCCGGCGUCAAGGAGAUUGCUUUGUUCGCUGCGGCGUCGGAGGCCUUUUCCAGGGCCAACACCAACAGCUCCAUCGAGGAGAGCGUGAGGAACUUGAAGGUGGUCGCGGAGGAGGCCGGGAGGCAGGGCAUCAGGACCCGGGGCUACGUGUCCUGCAUCGUUGGCUGUCCUUACGAGGGCGAGACCAAUGCAGCCACCACGGCGCACUUGGCUGCGGUAAUGCUGGCUCACGGAUGUUACGAGGUGUCUCUGGGCGACACUAUUGGCGUGGGGUCGCCCAGGGGGAUCAAGCGUGUCUUGAACGAGCUGCGUCACGUCUCCUCGGGCGACAUGCGUUGCUACGCGCUGCACUGCCACGACACGUACGGCCAGGCGUUGGUAAACAUUCAUGCUGGUCUCGAAGCCGGUGUGAGGGUCUUCGACUCCUCGGUCGCUGGUCUCGGUGGAUGCCCGUACGCUGCUGGUGCCUCGGGAAACGUCGCCACGGAGGAUCUACUUUACUUCCUACGGGGGGAAGGACUGGAGACCGGCGUAGAUUUUGAUAAGAUCGUUGAAAUCGGUGACUACAUCAGUGCGGAGCUGGACAGGGCGAAUCAGUCGAAGACCGGAGUGGCUGUGCUCGCCAAGAAGAAUCGUCAAAAGUGCUGAUCGAUAUUUAAUGUUGUAUUUAAAGAGGGUUUCCAACGAAAAGCGUGUAUAGGCAAAAUGCGUAGGUUUGGCUGUUUUGGCAGAAAAAUUCGGGACUCUGGGAACGCUGUCAUUUGUUAAUGAUGUGCCUAUCCGCGUUCUCUUGCUGGAAAACGUCCCAAUUAGCUUAACGAGCACGAGUCGAGACCAAAGCAUUUUACAUUACAAGUGCCAACAUUACACAUUUAUACGUGUGUAUAUAUAGAAUAUGUACAUAUAAGUUUAUGGAAUAUGUAUAUACAAAUUCGUAUAUUUUUAUAUUGUAUAAACGACAUUUUUUACCAAUAUGAUAUACAUUGAUCUCUGAA